AUGACGGGUAGUUUGUUGGCGUCGCUCCCACUAUCGUCGCCGUCGCCUGCGCGGCCCUCGGCUCGGAAUUACGCAGUCGACUCGUUUUCGGAGUUCUCCACUCGGAUAGUCAAUCAUGCAACGAACUCGCCCACGUCGCCAACGUCGGGGUCUCGCUCCGCUAGGCCGAAAGAAGAGGACGAGGAGCUGUUCCGCGAUCUCUUUGCAGCAGAAAGCGAUGCAGAGACUGAUGAUAACGCUCCGACGGGAUGCAAGCCUGCAGUACCGACCUUCUUGCCGCAGAAGCCCGCCACAAAGCGAGCCCCUUCGACAGCGAAUCCGAGACAGCACCUCGCUCCGAUGAGAUCAACUCCACACCAACCGGUAUUGUCGCCCCCUUUCAUUCCUCGGCUAAAGCUCGAAGAGCUAGUAAAUGCUCGCCCCGACGACGAUGACGACGACGGCGCCGCCGAAGAUAAUAACAUUUCUCGACGAGCAUCUCGACGGGGCUCCGACCUAGAGCAAGUGGUGGAGGAAGACGAAUUGUACUCGGAAGAUGGACCGAUUGAAGAUAAUGGCGGUAAGGCGGCCCCUAGGAAGGCGCAGGUGUUGACCCGAGAGCGAGGAUUCAACAGCACUUUGGGGCUAGCAACCAAAAACCAGCGAUCCAACAACAACGCCAACAUUGAUCAAGAAACGCUGCGAUUUCUAGAGAAGCUUGACCUGAAGUCAGUGCUUUACACGCCUCGACCUGAUCUACUCAGCUUUUAUCCCGGUAACGCAGCUACACCUCCAACAGCACGAAGCCAGGUUAGUCCGUACUCGAAGACGCAGAGGAUUUUCACCGAGCAGCCAGAGGAUCAUCACUCGGUGGAGAAUUAUCACGCUAAACUUGAGAAGGUUCGAGUUGGGUUUCCUAGUGAGAAGAACGAAGAGGCGUACAAGGAUCCCGCCAAAGUGUCGCGAGUUGACAGCAUCGCCUCUCGUCUCGCGUACAUGGAGAGCACGUACGGUACCGCGCCAAUUGCGCGAAAGACGCGUCGGGAAACUAUUGAUCGACUCGCAAACCCAAUAUCGGGGCAUUCUUCAACUCUUCAGGCACUAUCACCCAGGCAACGGGAGAGGCGUGAAGCCGCAUUGACGAGCAGAGCUCCCACGAGUCCUAUUUCCGCUGCUAUUGCUGCUAGCUGUCGUCGUGGCCCUGUUUCGCGGAAGGGACGAGUUCCAUCGCUUCUGGAAGGUAAAACUGAAAUCCCAGUGCCAACACUGGCAGCUUCCAAGCGCAAAGCUGGUAAGAGGCCAGACCCGCUAAUCCACAAACGUCGGCCUACCAGUUUGCAAGCUGAUGGUCAGCGCCUCGCAACCGACACCCGGCGAAAAAGUAAGGCGACUCUGGGAUCUCGAUCGCUAGGUGCUCGAAAAGAGGCGUUGAAGAAGAAACUGCAGAAUCGACAAGAUGCUACGAAACGCACUGGAGAGCGUAAGAUCGGAGGCGCUACCUUCUUGACACAGCGUGACGACGAAGAAGAAGUGGAGAUGGUCGAGGAUUUUAUCGCUCGUAAUCGCGGGGUAGCGCAAGCCUUGUUAACGUUCCGCUCUAGCCGUAAAGCUGCUCCACGCCAAACCGUUCAAGCUUUACCGAAGAAGCAUGCAGCCACAGCGAGAUCACAUCCUCGACCGCCUCAUGCCAGAGUUGGAGUACCGUUUGCUCGAGCGUCAGGCAUGGCCAAGGGAACCUCUCGGGGACGGGCGGCUCAAACCAGUCGAGAGCUUGAGUCGCUUGGAAAUAAGCGGAAACCUCCUGCUUUGCACUUGGGUACGUCUCGAAGUGGAAAUGAACACGAGCUGCUCAGGCUCCUUCAGCAGCCAAGACGCCCUCAAGCCUGGCAGCCUAGCUGGAGUGCUGCUCCAAGUGGGCGAAAUCUAACUGGAAGGCCUACCACCCCUGGGGGUGCAGCGAAUCCACUUCGCAAACUCAAAGUGCACCCUGCUAUGCCAACACUGCUGCCUCGCGCCCCUAAAACUCCUCCGUCUGCAGCUUCCACUCUACUAUUGGGCUCGCUCUUCUCCCAAUCCGGAACCCAUUCAACCAGUUGCCGUGGCCGUCAAAGUACCAAAAGAGCUUCGGGACGAAAACCCGAGCGAACAAGAAGUACGGCCACAACCUUUGACGCACCCACGAAGGUCUCGGCCCAACGCAGGCGGACAUCAAGCGCAGCAGUUGGAAAUGCCACAACCUCUCAACGAUCUGCUCCAAGGAUCUCAAGUCGUCUGGGGACUGAAAAAAUGCCCCAGGAACCUUUGCAGACGUCUGGAGCCAGGCGCUUCACGUCAAGACUGUAG